AUGGCACAACCGUGGUUUAGUGACAGGGUAAGCAUGCUAAUUUGUGUUAACUAAAACGCCCUAUUCGUACUUCUAGAGAUCCCGGUUAAGCACGACUGAAGUUCCACCCUUCAAUGUCCGUAAUUAUGAGGUCCAGGCGAAAAAUAUAUUUGAACAACACAUCACCGGAAAUAGCCGCAUGGACGAUAGCGAGCUUUA